UAUUCCAUCAUCAGACUCAAACCCAGAAUCAUCCACCAAACAAUCUCCAACUAGUACUAGAUACAGAGAGAUCUACCACACUCCAAUGCGACUCUCCACAGACAAGUUCUUCUUCCUCUCUUUCUUCAUCUUCUCUCUCCUCUUUCUCUCCGCCACCGCCCGCCCCUUCGUCCUCGUCCUCUCCCAAGACGAUCUCACCGACGCCGCUCCCUCCGCCGCCGAUGACGACGGCGCCUCCUCCUCCACCUCCGACUGGGACGAGUUCGGCGACUCCGACACCAAACGCGAGGAGGAGCUCGACCCGGGGUCGUGGCGACCGAUCUUCGAGCCUGACUCCGAAUUGGCUGAUCCGGCGACCGACGACGAGGCGAUGUACUACUCCGGCGUGACGAAGAUGGUAACAGCCGUGAGCUCCGGCGACCCGAGGUUGAUGGAGGAGGCUGCGGCGGAGAUCGAAGCUGCUGCGGCUGGGGGAUAUCCUCAUGCGCAAUCGGCGCUAGGGUUUCUGUAUAAUAUGGGGGUGACUAGGGAAAGGAAUGGGGCUAAGGCCUUUAUGUACCAUCACUUUGCGGCUAAUGGAGGCAAUAUGCAAUCGAAGAUGGCUCUCGCUUAUACCUAUUCUCGCCAAGAUAUGUAUGAUAAAGCUGUCAAGCUAUAUGCUGAAUUGGCGGAGGUAGCGGUCAAUAGCUUCCUAAUUUCAAAGGACUCACCUGUGAUUGAACCGAUCAGGAUUCAUAAUGGAGCAGAGGAGAACAAGGAGGCCCUAAGGAAGUCCCGAGGGGAGGAGGAUGAGGAUUUCCAGAUCUUGGAAUACCAGGCACAGAAAGGAAAUGCUUUAGCCAUGUACAAAAUUGGGAUAUUUUACUACUUCGGGUUGAGAGGACUGAGGCGUGAUCAUGUCAAGGCAUUGUCAUGGUUUUCGAAGGCUGUGGACAAGGGUGAACCAAGAUCCAUGGAACUUCUUGGGGAGAUAUAUGCAAGAGGAGCUGGAGUUGAGAGAAAUUACACUAAGGCAUUUGAGUGGCUUAAACUUGCAUCCAGACAGCAACUUUAUUCAGCUUAUAAUGGGAUGGGGUAUUUAUAUGUCAAGGGUUAUGGAGUGGACAAGAAGAACAACACCAAAGCAAAAGAAUACUUUGAGAAGGCUGCUGAGAAUGAGGAAGCUGGUGGGAAUUACAAUCUGGGAGUGAUGUAUCUCAAAGGCAUCGGUGUAAAAAGGGAUGUAAAGCUAGCAUGCAAAUUCUUUAUACUGGCUGCUAAUAAGGGUCAACCCAAGGCAUUUUAUCAGCUGGCAAAGAUGUUUCAUACUGGUGUGGGGCUCAAGUUAAACCUCCCUAUGGCAACUGGAUUAUACAAGCUGGUUGCAGAACGUGGACCGUGGAGCUCCUUGUCUAGAUGGGCAUUAGAGUCGUACUUGAAAGGUGAUGUGGGCAAGGCAUUUCUAUUGUACUCAAGGAUGGCUGAGUUGGGCUAUGAGGUGGCACAAAGUAAUGCUGCUUGGAUUCUUGACAAAUACGGACAGCGUAGUAUGUGCAUGGGAGAAUCAGGUUUCUGCACUGAUACAGAAAGUCAUCAGCGUGCACAUUCUUUAUGGUGGCAAGCUUCUGAGCAGGGUAAUGAACAUGCUGCUUUGUUGAUCGGUGAUGCAUAUUACUAUGGCCGGGGUACGGAAAGAGAUUAUGAACGUGCCGCAGAGGCUUACAAGCAUGCUAAAUCCCAGUCCAAUGCGCAAGCCAUGUUCAACCUUGGAUACAUGCAUGAACAUGGUGAAGGGCUUCCCUUUGAUCUUCAUCUUGCCAAGCGUUACUACGAUCAGGCACUAGAGAUUGAUCCUGCAGCAAAGUUGCCUGUAACGCUGGCCCUUGCUAGCUUGUGGGUACGAAAGAACUAUGAGAACAGUUUCAUGGUUGAUAUGAUUGAUUCACUGCCUGAUGUCUUUCCCAAAAUGGAAGCAUGGGUGGAAAAUGUGAUCAUGGAGGAAGGAAACGCGACAAUACUCACUCUCUUCGUCUGCCUACUGACAGUCCUUUACCUUCGUGAGCGACAACGCAGGCAUGCUGUUGCUGCUGCUGGUGCCGGGGAGGUGGUCCCACAACCACCUAUUGACCUUGUUGCUCCUGUGGCCAAUUAACUGGUGAAAAAAAGGUAAGCUUUGUAGUGCAGAAUGAUGUAUAGUUGUUGGGUUCUCCUCCAAACCAGACAGAGAGCAGCCUCGGUUGUUUUGGGCAUGUUGCAGAUUAGAGAGGCUUUGAGGCAAAGAAACAAGAAAUGUGCCCUUUCAUUAGCAGAGAUGAAGAACUUGUAUUUAUUUAACAUAGAUUUGGCACAUGGAAGAAAAGGUCUACUUAUUAUUUUUAUUUUAUUUUAUUUUUGUGCAUCAUUUAUUUAUAUUUACAGAAAGAAAUAACCAAUGUCAUGUACUUAUAGUCAGACUUUCCAACCUCCUUUUGUUUUUGCAUUUUAUGUUCCUCUCUUUUUCUUUUUUUUUUUCUUUUUUUGGAUCAAAAAUUUUGUUAGGCUUUGUUUUGUACUUGAAUUUGGUGGGGGCAUUGAGGAGGAAA